AGGUUUUGUAAUAUAAAGCUGUACUGUUUUUAAUUUAGUUUUGUUGGGUUUUUUUUCCUGGAAAAUUUUGAGCCUGUUUUAGCUGGUUGAGCUUAGAAUCCAAAUGAAAUUUUGAUACAAUCUUAAGAAAAAAAGAUAAUAUUUUUUAAAAAAUUAAAGCUUUAAGUUUUAACUAUGGAAUCAAAGGAUUUUGUAACUGCUACUGCUGGAGUUACAGUGGUAGGAUUCGAUGCUCAAUCGGACUACCACAUAGCUCCGAGGUCCGAAAACUCGACCCAAAACCCGACCCCGGGAUCCGCCUCACCGAAACAGGCGGCGCAACCGGGGGUACCUCUGCCGGUUUCGGUGGCGGGUAUGCCAGAGAAGAAGAAGAGGGGAAGGCCUAGAAAAUACGGACCAGACGGUUCAGUCACCAAAGCGCUCUCUCCGAAGCCUAUAUCAACAGCUGCGCCGCCUUCGGUUAUCGACUUCUCCGCCGUGAAGAGAGGGAAAGUGAAGUAUCCGACGUCGUUUUCGAAGUCUAAGAAAGAGCUGGAGAAUUUAGGUGAAUGGGUUGCAUGCUCUGUUGGGGCUAAUUUUACGCCGCAUAUCAUCACUGUUAAUUCUGGUGAGGACAUCACAAUGAAGAUUAUAUCUUUCUCCCAACAAGGGCCUCGAGCUAUAUGUAUUCUCUCUGCAAAUGGGGUCAUCUCAAGUGUCACUCUUCGGCAACCCGAUACUUCUGGGGGUACAUUGACAUAUGAGGGUCGUUUUGAGAUACUUUCCUUGUCCGGUUCAUUCAUGCCCAGUGAAAGCGGAGGAACAAGAAGCAGAUCCGGUGGGAUGAGCGUUUCAUUAGCAAGUCCAGAUGGACGUGUAGUAGGUGGUGGAGUCGCUGGUCUCCUAGUAGCUGUGGGUCCCGUGCAGGUUGUAGUGGGGAGCUUUCUAACCGGGAACCAGCACGAACAGAAUCUGAAGAAACAGAAGCAUGAGUCGAUGACCAUAUCAGCUGCAACGCCAAUGUCCAUUAUUCCCAUUUCCUAUGCCCAUCCCAAACUAAACAUCUCCUCAUCCGUCCGCACCGAUACUUGGUCGCCGACUGAUUCAAGUACUAAGCCCGCCGACAUUAAUGCAUCUCUGCAUGGAGCCUAAUCUACACAUCACAAGGUUUGAUAUCAAAAGCACCAUUUAAUCUCGUUCUCACCAUAGUAGUAGUUGUUUUAUGUGUAAGCUUAUCGACUUCACCGGUACCGGCAUGUUCAUGUCCGGCUCGGGUUUUUUUACCCUAUUCACCAUUAGGUAGUCUUUUGAGUGUAAUGUUUAGUGAGAGAAAUGACCUUUCU